CGGCUUUUCCCAUUUCCAAUACACUCAUAAACCUUCUUUUCACUCAUGCUUUGUGAGAGAGAGACAGAGACAGAGACAAAUUUAGAUUGUUUGUUUGAGUUUUAGAGAGAGACCCAGAUGGAUUUCAGUUCGUUCUUGACGUCCUUAGGGACGUCCUUUGUGAUAUUCCUGGUUUUGAUGCUGUUGUACACGUGGUUGUCGAGGAAGCCAGGGAACACCAUGAUAUACUACCCGAAUCGGAUCUUGAAGGGUUUGGGUCCAUACAAAGGAGGGUCCAGUACCCGGAACCCGCUUGCUUGGAUCCGGGAGGCUAUGUCCUCUACGGAACAGGACAUCAUCGACAUGUCGGGAUAUGACACUGCUGUCUACUUUGUGUUCUUGAGGACUGUGUUUGGAAUCUUGGUUUUAACUGGCAUAGCGCUGCUGCCGGUUCUUCUACCAGUUGCUGCCACUGAUGAUAGCGUGAAGUCUACAGCAGCCAAAACCAAUGGGACUUUCAGCGAUCUUGACUAUUCAUACAUGGGAAAUGUUAAAGCGAAGAGUCCUCGCUUGUGGGCAUUUCUGAUAGCCACUUAUUGGGUUUCAUUUGUCACAUAUUACCUGCUGUGGAAGGCUUAUAAGCAUGUCUCUGGACUGAGAGCUAAAGCUCUCUUGAAUCACGAAGCGAAACUGAAACCAGAACAAUUUGCCAUUCUUGUUAGAGACAUACCUCCAGUCCCUGCAGGUCAAACAAGACAAAAACAGGUUGAUUCAUACUUUGAAAGUAUCUAUCCGAAGACGUUUUACAGAUCAAUGGUGGUCACAGAUAACAAAGUGGUGAACAAACUUUGGAAAGAGUUAGAAGGGUGCAAGAAGAAGCUUGCCCAUGCUGAAGCAGUAUAUGCACAGUCAAAGAAACCUGGCAAACCAGAAGGAGCAAGGCCCACUAACAGAAUUGGCUUCCUUGGUCUGAUUGGUAAAAAAGUUGAUAGCAUAGAGUACUAUACUAAGAAGAUUAAAGAAGUAACCCCAAAACUGGAAUCGGAACGAAAAGUCACUCUCAGAGAGAAGCAGCAAAAUGCUGCUCUGGUCUUCUUCAAGAGCAGGGUGAUUGCAGCUUCUGCAGCUCAGAGUCUACAUUCUCAAAUGGUUGACAAAUGGACAGUUUCAAAUGCUCCUGAACCUCGUCAAGUGAUAUGGACUAAUCUUAAAAUCAAGUUUUAUCAGAGGCAAGUACGACAAUAUGUCGUUUAUGUUAUAGUGGCCUUGACGAUAGUUUUCUUCAUGAUUCCAAUUGGAUUUAUUUCUGCUUUCACAACACUGGAAAAUUUGAAGAAAUAUCUACCAUUUUUAGAGUCAAUUGUGAAUUUGGACGCGAUCAAGACAGUGUUGGAAGCUUACCUCCCUCAGCUUGCACUCAUUAUUUUUUUGGCUUUGCUGCCCAAGUUCCUUCACUUUCUCUCCAAGGCUGAGGGAAUACCCUCUGAGAGUCAUGUAGUAAGAGCUUCUUCAGGGAAAUAUUUUUAUUUUACAGUGUUAGAUGUGUUCAUUGGAGUGUCGGUGGGUGGAACAUUGUUCGGUACAUUGAAGACCAUUGAGAAGAAUCCUAACUCUAUAGUUCCCUUACUAGGGAAUAAACUGCCACUCAAUGCGACGUUCUUCCUGACCUAUGUGGCCUUGAGGUUCUUUGUUGGCUAUGGUCUUGAAUUGUCCAGAAUAGUUCCUCUAAUUAUAUUCCAUUUAAAGAAGAGGUAUCUUUGUAAGACUGAGGCUGAGCUGAAGGAAGCUUGGCUUCCAGGAGAUCUUAAGUAUGGAACUAGGGUUCCUGGUGACAUGUUGAUUGCCACAAUUGUCCUCUGCUACUCUGUUAUAGCUCCUAUUAUUAUCCUAUUUGGUAUGGUUUACUUUGGCCUGGGAUGGCUAAUUCUUAGAAAUCAGGUACUCAAUGUUUAUGUUCCAUCUUAUGAAAGCUAUGGAAGGAUGUGGCCACACAUGCAUAAUCGCAUCCUUGCAGCUCUAAUAUUACACCAAGUUACUAUGUUUGGUUACUUUGGGGUGAAGAAAUUCUACUAUGCACCAUUCAUAAUUACACUCAUCAUACCGUCCCUGAUAUUUGGCUUUGUCUGCCAUAAGAAAUUCUACAGAUUUUUCUGUGACACACCUCUGGAAGUUGCUCUCCGCGGUUCAAAGGAAAUUCCUAAUAAUGAUAUGGAACUAAUUUUCAAAUCUUACAUCCCACCAAGCUUAAGUUCUGAGAAGACUGAUGUUGUACCAGUUUGAAGAUGCCUUGUCAAAAGUUUCAAGAUCAGGGUCAUUAGUUUGAUGUACAUUUGUGUUUGUUGGUGUCUGUAAUCUGGUUAGCAAAACUUUUUGAAAUUUAGCAUAUUGUUUAUAUGUUAAGCAUUGGGAAUCAUGACAUUGGGUUGUCUGUAAUAUAUUAUGUAAAUUUGCACCAGUUGUGUGGAGUUAUCUUAUUUAGUCCUGUUUAAUCUUUCACUGUCAA